UUGCACUCUUGCAAUCCUAGUACAAAGCUAUUUUCAGAGUCCGAAAUCAGUGAAGCACUGGAUCUUCUACACUCAUCACUGGACAAACCAGAUGGUUUCGAACAAGUCGUUGACUGUGUGGCAGCUUGGCAGGAUCUAAUUGACAGCUCCGACUCAGCACUAAGGCCAUUGCUGGAAUGUCUAGACGAUGACGAACCAGCUGUUAUUCUUGGAGCAUUGAGAGUAGUCAACGCUCUGAUUCACAAAGCACCAGAUGAAGCGCGGGCCUUCAGAAUUAAAAAUGAACUUUCAGGUAUUUCGACAUUGAAAUAUCAGGUCACCAUAUUUCAUCGAAAAAAAAAGAUUUGCUGA